AUGCACCUCUCUUCAAUCUCGGCCGAUGUUGGCAAUUUCUCCCUCUAUGCGCCACUCUUGCCUAUCCCCGACCUCUCCUGGCUGCCCUUCCACAUGUCCCGCUUCCGUCGAUUCAGCAAGAUGGCAGCGACCACCAUGUCCCGAAUCUUCACUACCAACCCUCGACCCUACUCUAACCCCUCGGCGAGCUCGUCGACACAUACCAGCGCGACGGUCACACCUACCUUGGCUCGACCCGUACCCGUCUCUGUAACCCGAUCAGAAUCGCCUUACAUCCCAGAACCCGAGGUCGACGCUUGGUGUGCCGUCUGUGAUCGGCUGAUCGUGGUCGCACGCCCGGCCAACGAGGAAGACGCCGAGGGCAACCCUUCGGGGGGCAAGAGCAAGGUCGAUGAGAACGGGGUGCCUCACUUUAUCAAACCUAUGCCUGCGCGGAUACCUGCCAAGAAGCUCAAGCGGAACAUCACUCAACCCGGUUUGAAGCGAACAAAUACCCAGACCCGGUUGGCCGCCUUGGCUACGAAGCCUACACCUAUCGAGACGACUCAACCGGCUCCCAUCCCCCGUGCUGCUCCUGUUGCCGUUCCUGUCCCCGCGGCACCUGUAUACAACACCGACCUGUACUGUUCGGCCGCGUGUGCCGAAAAGGAUUUGGUCAGGAGCGGGGAACAGAUCGAUCAGUUGGGAAAGGAGAUGCAAGCCCUAGAAUGGUCGGGGGAGAGGGAUGAAUUGCCCAGCCCGCUCUGGGCUGGUACGGAAUCCUCAGCUUCGGCUUCCGAGGGUGAGGAUGGCAAUGUCGUUAAACUCGACGACGCUACCGUCAAGACUCACCCGACCCAUCCCGGAACUGCGGUCAAGGCCGAGCCCAAGAUCGUCUCGCAGACAUUGUCCGACGAGUUUGACUUUACCGGCUACUUUGACAUGGCGGUCCGGGGAGUUGAUUACGGUCUCAUGGAACGAGAACGAAGGAGGAGCGUUCACUCGCAAAAGUCGACGCCGUCGAUCUUGACCGGGAUGAUGAUGAAGCGCAACAUCAGUAAUGGCGGCGGGAACACCGGGUCAGGGGCUGGAGGAUACGGCUACGGGUACAACCAGACCGUCUCUUCCUCGGAUAGCUUGUCUAGCAUGUGGUCGAGCUCGGACGGAAAGACGUUCAGCGAAGAUUCUGGCGCAUCCGUUUACGCUGGAUAUGGGUUGCAUGGCGGUCGACCUCUACGAGGAUUCACCCCGCUCAACGGCAACAAGCCGCCUGGCAGUGGAACGCAAUCACCCGCUGGACCGUUGUCCCCAAAUAGCCGUCGACCCAGCAUGAUCAGCGCGAGGUCGUUGAGCUUCAGCAGACAGGCAGGAGCUGUCGCCACCGGUUCGAACGCGCGAUUGCAGAACGACAGUGCUACGCCUGCCAUGAGCCGACGGUCGAGUCACACCAACCCCAAAGGUGGAGAGCCCGGGUCGGCUCCCGCAUCGACCUUGUUCCAAUCGUACGCGGCCUCCUUCCACCGCACCCCCUCGAGCAUCGAGCUCGCUCGACCUUUACCUAUCAGCCCACCUGCUAGGUACCGCGUCCUGGGAGGGUCCCGUCGUGCUUCUUGCGCGGACGAAGAGGCUUUCCAGGAGGCUCUCAAGAUGGAAAGGCGCGCCUCAUCUUCGGCCGAUACGAUGCGAGGUCGACAGUUUGCUCCCAUCAGCCUUGCCCUGGGAGAGUACCUGACCGUCGAUGCCAACAAGCAGGACAGCUUGGCUUCGACCCCUACGCAGCGAUUGCCGAACGACAUCAACCGGGAGAUCGCCCCGGACCAGGUCAUGCGACGCAGUAUCAGCCGUGAUAGUCAAAUCGAGUUUCCCAUCUUUGAGGAAGACGAGGAUGAGCCGCUCAGCGGCAAGCGGGCUCGACCCAUCUCCUUGGCCAGCUCCAGGAGCUCGAUGAAGGGCAGCUCGACAAAGGGCAGUCUCCCUCGAAACAGCUCGUUCAUCUUCCGCGAUACCCCGAGCACGGCCAUCACCAUCGGCGACCAGAUCGUACCCCAAGGCUCUCUGCCUUCUAAACCAAGGUUCUGCCGGUCACCGUCAUCCCCUCGAGUCGUCCCCCGUCAGAUCGCCUCGUCUUUCGAUGACAAGGCAGGGACCAUCGGUCGAAGUCGAAGCAAGCGGGCCAACUCUCAGGUUCAGUUCGAGGUGCAAACAAGCCUUGCUCCUGGGCCUGCGGACCGGCAACGCAAGUUUUCCGAGACUACCCGAUCUUUUAGCUGGGCGGAUCUGGAGAAGCAGGGCAAGGUUACCACCUACGCCUUGCCCCCCGCCGCUCUGGCCAAGGGCAAGGGUGACGCCAAGAAGCUGUUCUACUUUGAUUGA